CGUAUAAGAACACACAUGUGCUUACGAGGCGAUACACUAAGCAUCUUCGUUCGCUAUAUUGGGGCACGUGUCUCAUGACCAUGCACAUGAAUACACAACAGAUACGCAUAACGUGUCCUUGAAAGACGCAUAUGUUUUGUAGCAACGUUGGAUCGAUUGAGAGAGCUGAGAAGGUUGUUAAUUAGAAUGGCUGAUCUGAAGGACGAAAGAGGAAACCCGAUCUACCUGGCCGACCAACACGGGAAGCCAGCUCAGCUGAUGGACGAGUUUGGUAACGCGAUGCACUUGACAGGUGUCGCAACCACCGUUCCUCACCUUAAGGAGAGCAGUUACACCGGUCCACACCCAAUCACUGCCCCAGUCACCACCACCGAUACUCCUCACCACGCACAACCUAUCUCCGUGUCUCACAACCCUCUUGGAGACCAUGAUCUCCGCUGGUUCGGCAUCUCCUCAGCUAACUCGACGGAUGAGGAUGGUCAAGGAGCAGGGAGGACAAGUAAUAUAACGAACGAAACUAAAUCAAAGGUAGGCGGGAACGAGUCAUCAAGCGCGAGGACCGUAUCUGUUCACGAACCGCACGUUAAGAAAGGUUUCUUUAAGAAGAUCAAGGAUAAACUUUUGGGCCACCACGACGACCCGUGAAAGCUUCCUUACGGAUGGCGACGAUGAAAACGGGCGUAGUUAGUCAUGCUUUAUUUUCUUUUAAAUCAUACAAAUACUUUUUUUUUUUGUUAAUAAAAGAAAAAAUUCUUGCAAUCACAAUUCACAAUCAUGGUCUAAAUUGCAACAUGUUUGAAUUAUUUAUUUGUACGGUCUUCUGAUUUGCAUAAUCGUCAUCUCUCUCUAUUUAAACCCCGUCUUUUUUUUUUUUU